CCCCGACGAUUCCAUCUCGACACACGACCCAACCUUCAUCCCGAUAUCACCAAACGGUUUCCUCGAGCGAACGAGCGUAAUCGCACGCGCGCGAAAAAAAAAGAGAGAGAAGAGGGUAACUUACUUCUCGGGUAUCUCUUCCGACUCUCUUUUGUCUUUUGCUCUUGUUCAGCACGGAGUUUUCACUGCUCCGCGCAACAACCAACGUGCAACACAUAUAACAUCGGCGAGAGUUUUACUUCUUGAACCGGUCUCUUCCCGAGCGACAGUUUAAUCGGUGAGAGUAAUUCCCCCGCGACUGAAGCGGAGAAGAAGCAUCUAGGAAGAGUCUACCGGACACAAGUCGACGACCAGCCACCGCUGUGACCAGUUCCACGGAGGAGAGAAAAAGACAUAUCAAAAUGACGAAGUUACUCGUAAUAACGAUACUGUGCCUGCUCGGCCAGAAAACGGUGCUCUCGAUGCCCGUAGCUGAAAAUCAGGAACCUCUACAAGUAGUUCCUCUGGAAAAAUCGGCGAACCCAAGCAACUCAGGGAUUCCAGUAGCUCCUGAAGCCGUUGCAGCACCAAACGUGGAGGCCGCUGAACCAGCGCCUGCCGAAGCGAAACCUGCCGAAGCUGAGAAGCCAAGCGUGAGGAGCGAACCCGCGGGUGAAAACGCUCAACUAUCUGAAAAGGCUGAGGAGAAGAAAGAGGAAGCUCAGCAAGCGAAACCCGAGGAGAAAAAGGAGGAAGCUAGCCAGGAAAAGAAACCUGAGCAACUGCAGCCGCAACAACAACCACAGGAGGCUCAACAACCUGAGCAAGAACAAAAGCCUGAACAGGCUCUAGAAGCCAAGAAGGAGGAAGAAGGUCUGAAGCAGGCGGCUUCCGAAUCUCACGAAACUGUAGUGCAAGUUGUUCCGCAAAAAAAUAAACAGGAUAGUGCUGAUGUUCUAGUAGAGCAACCCGUUGUUAAGGCUGUAGUCCCAGAGGGCAAAAGCUCCGAGCAAGUAGAUUCAGCGGAGAAAAGCGGAGAAGCUGCUAAAGAAGAAGCAAAGGAAGAAAAGAAAGCUGAGGAAGCGAAACCAAGCGUGCGAAAAGACGAUGAGGCUAGCUCGGCAGCUUCCGAAUCGGAAGAAAAGGCUCAGCCAGCUGCGGAGGAGAAGAAGCUCGAGAAGCCACAAGAGGAACAGGAAAAGAAGGCUGAGGAUAAACCCGACCGUGUGACCCGCGACGCCGAGGUAGCUGCUCCAGAAGAGAAGAAAAUAGAACAGCCAGCUGUUGAAGCUGAAAAGAGCCAACAAGAUCAAGCUAAAUCCCCAGAAGAGAACAAACCAGCUGCCAAGAACGAGAAGAUUCAGCUUCCUCUUGAACAACCUGCGAUCGAACAACCUGCAAUCAGCCCCGAAGAUUCGGCCAAGACCGAGGAGAAGCCUGCUGAAGCCGCUGCUCAACCUGAAAAGGAAGCAAAGAGCGCCGAAGUAUCUGCUGCAGCAUCUGCUUCCAGUAACGCUCAAGAAUCUGUGGAACAAUCGGCGGCCAAAUCAGCCGAAUCUAGCCAGGCUAAACGCGAAACCGCGGAAGCUCAGCCUCAAGCAAAAUCUGAACAAGCCGAGGAAAAGAAGGAAGAACCACAGAAACAGCAGGAACCCGCGAAAGAAGCGAAAGAAGCGAAAUCAGACGAAUCUUCUGAAGAAAAAUCGGCUGAGAAGAAGGAAAGCAAGGGCAGCGAGGAAGAGAAAUCCUCCGAGGAGUCCUCCUCCAAACAAGAAUCCAAACCAGCUGAAGAGUCCAAGCCGGAAUUGCUGCCUAAACCGCAAGAACUGACAGUAUAAGUGAACGAUUGAAAUAGCGGUCGCAGCGAGAGGCGGGAAGACGAAGAACAACAGCCCCGAAGAAAUCAAAUAACAUCGAACGAAGCGCGGAUACUGGCUCGCCACUCGUCCAGACCAUUUUGCGUUCAUCACCAUCGACCAGAUAAAAAUGGGAUAAAACAUUUUGAAAAAGAAGAAACAAGGAAAAAACUCACAAAAAAAAAAUGAUGAAUAAGAAGAUGAAGAAGGAUGCGCGAGUUUUUCGGCCCAGAUAAAGCAAAACGAGCGGGAGAGAGCGUGUACGUCAGAGGAAGUAUGAACGGGAACGGGAGAGAGAGAACGAGACGGAGUGAGAGUGUAUAUCGGUGUGAAUGGGAGAGAGAGAUUGCGCGAUCAAUUCUGUGGCAGGGACCAAAACUUCCCCCGGCGCGCUACGAUUCCGAGAGAAAAAAUUCAUCGACUCGGGGCAGGAUGAUCACGUGGCGGCCUGGCUGUGGGGGAUUUUUAACUUAGGACACAUCGGAAUAACAUUCAUGAGAACAACGAUGAUGAAGACGACGAUGAUGGAUAUAACGAAGACUCGAUCGAGUGUUCAAAGAAGAAAUAGACACAAGAAGAAUCACCUAUCAGGAACACGUGGUCACCCUUAGGGAUCUGACUUGGCACACGCCAGGGAUCAUCCUUUUCUUCGUCCCGGCGGACACCGCGAUCUGUCCGCGG